GACACCUGCGAGUAUAUAAGGAGCGUAUACUGCCGCGAGCACAUUGCAAGCCAUGGCAGCCAGACACGUCGCAGCACUGCUGUGGGGAGCCCUGCUCGUCCAGGCCCUCCUGGCCUUCCCGACGCCCGAGGAUGACGCCGAGGACGAAGUGCUCAGCCGGUCCAAGAGGCAGGCGCAGACCAUCCAGAUGAGUCUGCAUAACAUCCUGCGCUCCGCGGGCAUCGACACCACCGGCAUCCCCGACUCCACCAUCGAAAUCCCGGUCACCACCGGCCGUACUGUGAUCCGCGUCCGAGUCCGGGACCCCACCACCACCACGACCACCACUACCACGACAACCACCGAGGCACCGGCCACCGGAGUCACCAUCGUCAUCCCCGCGAGGCAGACCGACGGCACCGACGUUGACGUGGAAAUUAUUGUCAAUACGGAGGCGCCGGAGACGACCACUCCCGAGCCCACCACGACCACCACGGCGGCACCCAACGAGAUCGUCAUUAUCAUCAACGUCAACCCCAGCGAGAAUCAACAAGAGUUGACUACCACCGUUGAACCGGAGACCACUACUCUGGAAAUCACUACCCUCGAGCCGGAGACUACCACUCUGGAACUGACUACCCUUGAGCCGGAGACCACUACCCUGGAACUGACGACCCUCGAGCCGGAAACCACCACCCUGGAGCUGACUACCCUCGAGCCGGAAACGACCCCGGAGCCAGAAACAACUCCCGAGCCGGAAACGACCCCCGAGCCAGAAACCACCACUGUGGAGGUGACAACCCCGGAGCCGGAAACAACCCCUGAGCCGGAAACGACUCCCGAACCGGGAACGACCCCUGAGCCGGAGACCACUACGAUUGUGCUGACGACUGAAGAACCGGUAACGGAACCUCCCACCACGCCGGAGCCUGAACCGGAAGCUCCCACUACGGCGGCCCCUGAACCCGAACCAACAACCACGACUACCACGGCUGCGCCAGCAGCGGCAGGUCCCACCGUCAUCGUGAACCCUGCUCCGAUGCCCAACAUCAACGUCAACACCAACAACGAGAUCCACAACAACAUCGCCCCCUACCAGCCCGUGUACGUGACGGCCGAGGCCGUCGCCACCACCUCGACUACGGCCGCGCCCACGGUCGUCGUGGAGGCCUCCUCCAAGGGCCCCACCAUCCGCAUCGAGACUACGGACGAGGCCAAGGUGUCCUACGACCCAGCCACUGGGGCGACCAAGAUCGAGACGAACAGGCCGACGGGUACCGCCAUCGGUACUGGAACCUCCAUGGGGCUGGCUUACCCCGGCAUCAGCUCCGGCCUUGGCUGGGGUGGACUCUUCCUGGGUUGAAAAGGCCAUCAAAUCAGCAAGGCCGUUUAUUCUUUGAAUAAUCGUUUAGUGUUCCCUGAGUGUGUUACCUGGAGGAUAGAAGGUGUGUCACUAACAUCUCUUGUUUGCUCAUCUCGAUAAAGGACGAGAAAGGUUUUA